UCCUCUUCCAGUUUCCGACGACACUGCAAGAAACUCCUUUCCCCCUAACACUCUCUCACGAAAAGCCACUCAGAUCCCAGAGUAAACAACGUAAAAGAAUGGACGGCGAUGAACCUCCUUAUGCGUCACGUAUGUCUCGUCGUCUUCGCUUUUCAAGGACAUAUCCAAUUCAAAACUCCCAAGCGCCCAUCUUACAACCUCAACUUCCAAUCCCCUUGUCAGAAGUUCUUUACCGCCUCCAAGAAAACUCCAUCCUCGGCAUUCCGUCGCCGGCCGUCCAUCGCACCGCCAUCUUCAACUCGAACCAAGAAGUCGGGGGCGGCGGCUAGGAAACUCAAGGAAUUUGAACUUGAGCUGUCUCAGUCCUCGAGGAAAGCUCAAAUCAAGAAAGAACAGUCUCUCAAAUCUCUAACCAAGUCCAUCACUGUUUGGCUUAAUUUUUUGUUCGAAAACCCGGCUACUUGCGGAUGCGACUUGUCCAUCGCCGGUAUUCAGAUGGGGGAUAAGCAUUCUGAAGCGGAGGCGACGAAGGGCAAGAGGGAUAGCGGUCCUGGAAUUUCCAUUGGGGUUGAUAAAGUCUGGCGUACUCCGAAGCGGCAGAGGAAGAUGUGGUCGCGGGCAGGGGAGCGUGUUGGUAAUGAAAAUGCGCUCUUGGAAUUGCCAAAUUCUAUGUUUCCCUACUUGAGGGAAUCUCUAGAGGAUGUCUGCAGUUUCGAUGAUUUGAAGCAGCGAAUGAGAGUUUAUCUGAACUUGGGAAGUUGUAAAGAGAUUUUUGAAGUUAUGAAUCAAGUCACCAAGAAUAUUGAUGAAGGAAGGUUAAAGUUGAAGCCACAUUGCCCCAUCGUAACAGACCUCGGAUUGAAAAAUAAAGCCACAAGAAUCCUUAUGUGUUAUAAUCCAAUUUGGCUCCGGAUUGGUUUAUUUAUAAUUUUUGGUGGCGACUCUUUGGUGCCUAACGGGAAUGGUGAUUCUGAACAAGAAAUCACGUUUUUGAAAAUGGUUAUUGAGAAGCAAUUUUUUUCACAUGCUGGUUUGGCAAAAGCGUAUGCUUAUAACAAGAUGGUUGACGGCCUAUACAGGCCAGGGUACUAUGAGAAUUUGGGGAAUGUGAUUUUAAAGAGGAUUUUAUUGCUUGUGCUUUCUCUGGAUAGAAUUAAAUGUCAGAGCUGCCUUUCACUUAAGUAUGGUAUUGAUGGAUUGGAUGGGGGUUCCCCUUUGUUGUUCAAAGCAGAAACUUGGAUUAAAUCAAGUAGUCAAGUCAUCAAUGAAUUCCUAUCGUCAGAGAUAAUGCAUGGAGAAGGAAAUCUUCUGUCUCAUUUAAUGAUAAUAGGCUACAAACUAUCUCAUCAACAGGGGCCACUUGUUGAGUAUAACUUCAAGGUCAGAGAUUUAUUUGUAGAUCUUCAAGAUGGAUUAAAGCUCUGUAGAGCUAUACAGCUCUUGCAGCAUGAUUCUUCUAUCCUCACGAAAAUUGCAGUUCCCCCAGACACUUACAAGAAGAAUUUGGCCAACUGUGGCCUUGCCCUACAAUACCUUAAGCAAGCUGGUGUGUUGCUACACGAUGAGGAUAACAUUAUGAUUGUAGCAGAGGAUGUUGCCAAUAGAGACAAAGAACUUGUUCUCUCAUUGCUGUGGAAUAUCUUUGUUCACUUGCAGCUACCUCUUCUGGUUGAUAAAUCAAGUUUACAAGAGGAAAUUGGCAAAAUUCGUGGACUUGGUGUGGAUGCCAUUAACAAUUCAAAUUCAAGUUCAUUGGAAUUGCUUUUGAAUUGGAUUCAGGCAGUUUGUGAAAAUUAUGAUUGUGGGAUUGACAAUUUUGAUUCAUUAGUUGAUGGAAAAGCUAUCUGGUGCUUACUUGAUUAUUAUUUCCAGAAAGAACUUCAUAGCUCCUGCUUACUGAAGGAAGUCAAUAUGAAAAGCGGCAAGGAAUCAAUAAUGUCUGUCAAUGAUUAUUCGGAUGCAGUGUACAAUUUUAUAUUAUCACAGCGGUUGACAACAUUAUUAGGAAAUUUUCCGGAGGUACUUCAAAUAAGCGAGCUACUUGAAUAUAAUGGUGCUUCCAGUGAUCGAAGUGUGGUGAUAUUGUUGGUUUUCCUUGCAAGGCAAUUAUUUGUCAAGAAAAAUGUGGAUCAAUUAAAUUUCCACAAGCUCCUUGGUUGUGAUUGCCAAAGUCUGUACCGGAAACAUUUGAGGAUGGGGCAGUGUCUUUCUAAUUCUGGAGUCGUACAAAAGCCGGACACUUUUGAUGUGCAUGACAACGAAGAUGCUACAAAAAAAUUCAAGGCCAUCCAGGCUUGGUGGCAAGAUAUGGCAGAAAGAAAUCAGAAAUCUUGUAUUAAAUCAGCUGCGUGCAGACCCAUUGAAAGCAGUGCCAACAUUGGAAGAGAAACCGCUGCAAUAACAAUACAAUCACAUUUCAGAAGAUUGGUUGGUCGUCGCUUGUUUCUCAAAAUGAAUAAUGCUGUCUCUCUUUUGCAAACUGUUUUCCGAGCUUGGCUAGAAGUGAGGCAGCAGUCUUUGUUCACCGCCGUCCACCGUCAAAAAAUUUCAUGUGCAAUAAGCAAGAGGUCAGAAACAUAUAGGAGAUAUGCCAUGUUUUUCGUUCAAAGGCACGCUUUUUUGAAGUUGAAGAGGUCAACAUUAAUUAUCCAGCAAGCAGCGAGGAGUUGCCUCUCUCGGAGGCAUCAACAGGGAUGUAGUGUACUUCCUUAUCUGACGGCUUCAGAUCCAGUGGCUGCUGCCACUAUCGUUCAGAAAUUUGUUCGUGGCUGGAUGGCACGAUCUAGAUAUAAUCAUAUGCUUGAUCAGCAAGAGAAAACUUCAUAUUUAUACGUACAAAAGGUUACUUUUGAUCUUCAAACAAAAGCAGCCAUCAGGAUUCAGCUUGCUUGGAAGAGGUAUAUGUGCUGCAAGUCUACUCAGAGGCACUUCUAUGCGACAAUAAUUCAAAGCCAUUUUCGUAUGUGGCGGUUAAGGAGAAUAUAUUUGAACCAGAUUCAGGCUGUUUUGAGAAUCCAGUCUUAUUUUCGAAUGUCAAUAAGUAUAAAAACUUUUCAACACUUCAAAAUGGCAUUUAAGGCAGCCAUUGUCAUUCAGUCUUUCACACGUGCGUGGAUUGCACGGAAGGAAGCUUAUGUACGCAGAAAUCGUAUCGUUGCAAUUCAAAGGCAUUGCCGCGCUUGGCUGGUGAGAAGGGACUUCAUGUGCCAAAGAGGCGCUGCAAUGAAGAUCCAAAGCGUCAUUCUUAGUCUGAAAUACCAAAAGGCUCUCAAGUUCGGAAAGAUGCAGUGUUGCAGAUUCAGCGUUUUAUCAGGGGGCAUUUAUCACGAAAUAGGCUGGGGUGCUUCUCAGCAAUGUGCAAUGGUUCCUAAUGGUUGCAUUUUAAGAUCAGUUGGUUACUCUAGUUUUCAACUGGAACUAUUCUUGUGUUCUAUUCUGAAAUUGCAGCGAUGGUGGAAGGGUCUCUUGUUACAUAAGUUAAGAACAAAGUCUGUUAUUACAAUCCAGUCUUGUACUCGUGGGUGGAUUGCUAGGCGAAUGGCAACAGUUCGCAGGCACAAAGUUGUCGUCAUUCAAUCCCACUGGAGAGGUUAUCUUGCUCGGAAAGAGUCAAAAGAGCAACUGCUAGACCUGCGCUUGAGAAUGCAGAAGUCUGCCAGAAAUGUGGAUGAUAGCAAGCGUCUCAUAAAUAGGCUUCUCGCAGCACUUUCAGAGCUACUUCACGUGAAGAGUGUCAGUGGCAUCCUUCAUACUUGUGCAACGUUGGAUAUGGCUACAGAACAUUCUCAGAGAUGUUGCGAAGAACUUGCUGCCGCAGGGGCUAUAGAUAAGUUGCUGACGCUUAUUCGCUCAGUGAGCCGAAGUAUACCUGAUCAGGAGGUUCUCAAGCAUGCUCUGUCAAGUCUCCGAAAUCUGGCUCGCUACCCUCACUUACUUGAUUUGCUGAUCCAAAGCAACGGUUCUCUACAGACAAUUCUCUGGGAAUUACUAAGGAAUAAGGAAGACAGUUACUUCAUUGCUUCUGAACUUCUGAUGAAGAUAUCUUCCACUCCUAAAGGUGUUGAAUCGUUACGCAAGCUACCUGCACUUGUAAAACGACUGCAUGCUCUUGUUGAGGAGCUUACACGGAAGGCAAUCUACGAGAAAAGGUCAGAACUGGGUUUCAGCGGAGAGGAAAAAGCAAGAUUUAUUUUGAGUUUUUGUGUUAGUAGACAUAUGCAAAUAUCUUAAAAAGUAAACUGAAAUUUUGUUAAAAGCAAACCCCCUAGCUCUUCAAAGGU